AUGAGCAUAAAAGUGCAGCGGCGAAAGAAAAAAUUGAAAAUGGAGUUGUUACUAAUGGUAGUGACUCAUCUACUCCUCUUUUUUAGUAGUAAAACGUACACGAAUGCGGAAAAUACAGAGUCGGAACUGACUCCAACCAGUGAGACAACAACGACGGACGUGACUUCAACCAGUGAGACAACAACGACGAGCGUGACUUCAACCAGUGAGACAACAAUGACGGACGUGACUUCAACCAGUGAGACAACAACGACGGACGUGAUUUCAACCAGUGAGACAACAACGACGGACGUGACUCCAACCAGUGCGACAACUACUGCUGAUAUAAACUCAGACAAUGGUUACAUGACGGCUGCAGGAAGGAACAAAGUGGUGAAGACACAUAAUUAUAGGAGAACUUUGCUCGCAACAGGUCAAAUAAGAAAUGGUAAAAAUCCGAGCAAUGCUAAUUUACCAACGGCUGCAUUUAUGUCAAAAAUGGAUUAUAACAUGAACCUUGAAGCGCAAGCCAUAGAACACGCCAAAGGGUGCUCAUUGAAAAAAUCAAACGAGUCAACAAGAUCAGGAAUGGGUGAAAACGUUUAUGUGCAUGACACAGUGAUUACGGAUCCAGUUCAACUAUUUGAUAUUGUUGCCAUUAGUUGGUGGACGCAAAUCUUCAAGGAUGGAAUCAACAGGCAAUUGAUAUUCUCAGAGAACCUGAGAGAUAAACAAGCAAAGAAAGGCAUAGAUCAGACAGCCUUCACUCAGAUGGCCUGGGCAAAUACCAACAAAAUAGGAUGCGCUGUUGUUGAUUGCUCUGGAAAGUGCUUCGUUGUUUGCCGCUAUAGCCCUGCUGGAAACAUUCUGAAUCAACCAAUAUAUCGAAUUGGAUAUGUAUGUAAUGGAUGUCCCGGAACUUGCAAUCCAGCUGACGGACUAUGCAUAAUGACUUAAAGAAGACAGUAUUGAAAAACGAGACUUGAAUAAACUUUGCAGCAUUCCGC